AUGACUGACGAAGGUCGACCGCUCAACCUGGAAGAGGGCCUGAUCAUUUACAAGGACACCACUCCCGAGACUGGGAUUCUUGUUUGGAGUGUCCAGAACCGUCGCUUGCCGUUCCUUCACGGGUGGGUCUUUUCUCGCCGCUAUCCCCUCGCCGCCCUUGUGCCCCCGCGUGCCGUCGAGCGGUCAUUGCGCUCUCCCAUCGAAAGAUACGCCACCAUGGUUCCCUGGACGUUCGACCCACGCCGCAUGCGGCGCCAAGACCCCGGCCCACCCAACGACUUCCCCUUGACAAAGCGCCGCUCUAUCAUGCUCUACCUCGGCAUUGGGGACGCUCUGUACCCACAAAGGGUGUACAUGGACAACAGCAUCUAUGCCCUCAAGGUGAGAGGGAAUCUCGCCAACUGCUGA